AUGAAUAUCGUCUCGGGUUACUCCUCCUCUUCGGAAGAUGAGGGUGUUCCGAUACCUCUGCUCGCAGAAAAGAAAAUUGCUAUAAAUACAAGCAUCGAAUUGGAACCUGUAGAGACUAUCACCAAAUCUGAGGUUCCAGUCUCAACAAUUGUAAGGAACUACCCAGGCGAAUUGAACACAGAUAGGAGCCUUGAAAUAGAUGUAGUCAAACGAAAGCAGUCCUUUAAGGUGUCUAAGCUAUUAAAAAAGAAGAGAAAGAAGCAAAAUGACCCUUUUGCAGAUGACUACUUAGGACCCUGGGCUGAUUAUGAGGAAACUGAUAAUAAGAACGAAAACGAAAACGAGAACGAGAACGAUAAUGGAGAACUUAGUGGAAGUGAAGAGGAAAAGGGUACCAAAAAUUCUAAUGGACUAUCUGGCAAUCCUGAUUCGGAAGGUGAUGAAACUGAAACUUUGGUGACAAGGAGUUUCGUAAAAUACAGUUACAUGUCUCCUCCCAAAGCUCUCUCGGUAAUGCCAUUUGGAGCACGCUCUAGCUUUGUGCCCAAGAAAAUUACUCACGAAUUUGAGGGCCACUCUGGAGGUGUGAAUAAGAUGGAAUUAUUCCCAGAAACUGGCCAUUUGCUUCUAACGUGUGGUAAUGACUCUAAAGUAAAACUCUGGGAUUCAUAUCGAUCAGCUUCCUCGAAGUCACUAACCUUGGUCAGAGAAUAUACAGCUCACAGUCAAGCUGUGAAAUACAUAUCGUUUAAUUCCAGUGGAACAAGAUUUGUCAGUUGUUCCUACGAUAGAAAAUUGAUAUUAUGGGAGACUGAAUCUGGGGCCAUUGUCCAAGCAAUCAAUACUGGAGCUGUUCCCAACGUUGCCAUAUUCAAUCCCAAUAACGAGAACGAAAUUAUCGUUGGGCUAAGCAACCAUAAAAUAAAUCAUUAUGAAGUAGGAAAAGUAGAUCCAAUUCAGAUCUAUUCCCAUCAUCUCGGUGCUAUAAAUUUACUAGCAGCUGUAGAUGGUAAUAAAAGAUUCUUGUCGACAGCUGAUGAUAAAUCGGUCAGGUUUUGGGAUUGGCAAAUCAAUAUACCAGUAAAAGUGAUAUCAGAGCCGACUCUGCAUUCGAUGCCUCGUGUUGCCCUUUUACCGCCCGUUGGUGACUAUAUUGCUCUUCAAUGUAUGGACAAUUCAAUUCAGGUAAUAAAGGGAAAUGGUAAAUUCAAAUUUAAUAAAAAUAAAAAGUUCAAAGGUCACAAUGUUGCAGGAUAUGGAAUAGAUGUUCUGUUUUCGCCUGAUGCUAAAUCAAUAAUGAGUGGGGAUUCUCGAGGGCAUGCAUACUUUUGGGAUUGGAAGACUUGUAAAUUGAUCAAAAAGAUAAAAUUAGAUAAUAAGCCAAUCACUUGUAUUAUUCCCUUUCCUCAAGAGGUAAGUAAAGUAGUAUCAGCUGGUUUAGAGGGAAGCAUAUAUAUCUGCGAAUAA